AUGCUCGCCAACUUGAGGUCCGGCCCACUCUCUGGAUGGCGCCAACUCUUAACACUCCAAACCCUCAUCGGCUACCCAUCCCCAAUAACCAACAGCAAUGGCAAACUCCGCGAAACAGCCUGGCUCGACGGUCUCCGCGGGCUUGCCGCUUUCCUUGUAAUGAUAUACCACUUCAACAUCACCUUCUGGAACACCUUCUACGUGGAAGCGCCCUUCGGCUCCAUCACCAUCCCCGAUGAGAAACUCGGUCUUCCGGGCGGAUGGCAACUUUGGGACUUCUGGAGACUACCAUUUCUGAGAUUAUGGAUGUGUUCCGGUCAUGCGCAAGUCAGUGUGUUCUUUGUGCUGAGUGGGAUCGUGCUGAGCUGGGGGCCGUUGGGCAAUAUUCAAGCCGGACGCGGGGAGAAGGUUCUGGAGUCCUUAGGGAGUGCGACCUUUCGACGCUGGGUGAGGUUGUAUGUGCCGUGCUUUGUGAUUGCGGGGUGGGAGGUUUGCGAGAUGUGGGUUGGGUGGAGAGAUAUGGGGGUUGUAGGGAGGAGAGGCAGCUUUCUGGCGCAGUUUUGGGACUACCUGCAGGCUAACGAACGAUUUGCGAAUCCUUUCCUGAUCAAUCGGGAUGCGAUGAAUGCGAAUCAUGGAUAUGACUGGACAAUGUGGACGAUCCCGUAUGAGUUUUCGGGGAGUAUGUUGGUCUUUGUUGUGCUGUUGGCAGUCAGUCGGAUUAGGGAGUAUGGAAGAAGGACGAUGGUGCUCGGUGGUGUGGUGAUCUAUGCUUGUUUGAGAGCAGAGUGGAACUUCUGGCUUUUUGCCACGGGAAUGCUGAUUGCGAACUAUGUCAGGCAUGCUGGAGGCUUUGAGGAACUGACCAGGAACACGUCAAAGCGGCUGCACGUUACGUGCAUUGUUAUGCUGAUUGUGGGAAUGCUGUUGGCCGGCAUGCCGUCGCAUAGUCAGUUCUACACUCGGCCAGGGUACGAAUGGCUGAGGAGCAUUAUACCUUCGAACUGGCUUGAGAUCGAAGGCGGAACCCGAUUCUGGUGGUGCUGGUCCGGCAUUCUCUUCAUAUUCGGCGCUUGCCAUGUUACUGGAAUCAGGCAGUUCUUCGAGUUCUCAUUCAUGAGAUACCUUGGCCGGGUCAGCUAUAUGCUGUACCUGACCCACCGUAUCGUUCUAAACGUCGCAGGAUCUACACUCAGGUCUGUCGUCUACUCUUUCAUCGGACGGAAAGAUGUUAUCGACGACAAUGCGGAAGACGGUACGAUCUUGCAUCCUCUCUUCACAUUUAUGGGCUACAUCGUGCUGCUGAGUGCGCUUAUACCCAUGUGUCUCAUCGUGGCGCAUUGGACAGAGAUGGGAAUCGACAAACCCAGUACCAAGCUCGCGAGACGCAUCGAUGAUUGGUUCAUUGGCAGUCCCUCAAGAGAGGUCGUGCAUCAGGGUGAGAACGGGAGUCUGCUUCCUUCUCAUACUGAUGCUACCACACAAGCCGCUGCAGAUAUAGAGCUCCUUCAUACAACAAAUAGCGAUACAGUUGCGCCGACGAGCGCUCGAUGA